AUGGCGAAACAGAGUAACUGGUUGCCUUGCAGAGAUUCCCUUCGUCCAUGUGUACUGAUUCUUUUCAGAAUUUCAUAUUGCUCGGCGGACGCAGCUCACGAUCACGUGUUCGCGUUCAUCGCGACGAAUUUGAACGAGACGAUGGAGUGCCACGCGUUCCUCUGCCCCAAGAGAAAAAUGGCGCAAACGGUGACGUUAACGGUGGCACAGGCCUUUAACACAGCUUACGAAGCUUGGCAGCUGUCCCAGGCCGAUCCUAGGAUUCAUCACGCCCAAGAUAAAAGUCCCUCGUUAACCGACGAUACGAAUGAAAACAACGAGAAGAAGAAGACGAACGAGGAGAAAGCGAAAUCCGUGGCUAAAGUCAACGAGCAGAACAAGGACAAUGUCAGCGAGCUGCGUAACGCGAACGAUACGCCGAAAAAUCUUCUGAUCGAUCUGUCGAACGAGACCAAGGCAGCUGGAAAUUCCUGGGUUUGCUUCGAGGAGGAAGACGGCAAGAAGAUACAGAAAAGCAAGAGCAACGCCACUAGCAUCCCCAUGACGACACUGAGACACAGCGCGACGUCCGCGUCGCACCACGUUGUACCGAGGCCGGCGACCGGCUUUAAAAUUCAAAACGCCUGGGGUGAGGCGAGAUCCGUGGACCUGAUGUGCUCGUAG